AUGAGUGCUUGCGCUUACCUUAAGCAAGGAAGCGUAGAAGUGACGGUACGGAUCCAAAUGGAAGAGUCCAAAAAUAUAUUCCAAGAGGACAAGUUGUUGAGUGCGCAAGUGAAGUUGAAAGGAGAUGAGUAUCUGCCAAAAGAAUGUUUUAUCACAAACCUUAGAAUAGAGACCAAAGAGUACUACAUAUUAAGAUAUUUUAUAAACUUUUUUGAGAAGAAAUACAGUCCAUAUCUUCAUUUUUUUGUUAUUAUAUUUAUGUAUACAUAUACAUAUAUAUAUAUAUAACUAAUAUGGGUACAAUGAAAACAGAGUGAGUGGAGAGGAAUAAGAGAAGUUACAAUGUCCAAAACAAAGGAGCAGAAGAAGCGUAAGAAAGGCGCAGAUGUCGUCGAUAAGAUCCAUCGAUGAGAUCUUCUCAAGAUUUGGAAUUUGUCCAUUUUGUAUUAUUACCACCCAACGUUAAAAAAAAGGAGAUAA